AUGGCGCGACGGUACGAGAUUGAUGAGCUGUUAUGGCUGCGCUCAUCUCCUCUCGUCGCAAAACCUCCUGGCCUACCCCCCAUUGAGGAAUGGAUGCCUCAACUCGACCCGACUACCCAGCAGCGCAAGCAGACUACUCGUGACCCCAAUAACCCAUCUGAAACAACUCCAGCCAGAAGACCUAGCUUUUUCGAACCUCGCCAUAUCUCACGGGGCUCCAUUUCAGAGGAUAUCCUCCUUACCUCACCCAAGAACGUCUUUGCUUCAUCUCGAAUGGGUAGCAAGGGAUCGCUUGAUAUGACAGAUCGGCCAGUACGAACAGGCAACCCAGAUGACAGGAACGAUCGAUUCAACUUCAAGGACCGCUUCUUCAAGGACCGAGAAAAUGCAGAGAGCGAUGGAAAACUGGCAGGUCUGAACGGUCGCCGUGGUGGAGAUAAGGAGGAUUGGAAUGCUGGACGACCCCGCCGCACAUUUGGCCCCGAAGACCCAGAUCCACGCAAACCCCCUCGCGAUCCCACCGACGAGCGAAACCGAGACAAGGAUGGCCGCUUCCCUCCCAAGAAGGACGGCCAGCCGGCCCGCUCCAAAUUUGAAGGGAGCUGGUUCCGCAAUAACGAGAACAGCAUUCCCGCGCCAGAGAGCGCCGAUGCCGAUGAUGAUAAACCACUACGUAACCGAGAAUGGCGCCAGCGUGACCGACAUGGCGCAGACCGCGACUGGAACCGUGGUGCCAAAUUUGACCAUGAGCCCGAAUGGCUGGAUAGUAACGACCGAGAUGAAUCUCGACGAGCACACACGCAAGAAGAUUUCCAACGCUGGAAAGAGCGCAUGAAGGCAGGCUCUGGUGCUGCCCAAGCCUCGGCACAGGAGGAGAAGAGAGAUGUGCCGGCCGAAUCACACAUGGCUGCGCAGAAGCCAGAGGCUCACUACACCGAUGGGGAAGUCUUCAGCAAUGAACCGAGCGGCCACGCCGGUGCUCCGUUUAUGAUGGAUAACUCUAUGGACCGUUUCUUCGGCAUGCUGGGAGGAGAGAAGCCGCAUGCUCAACAAGAGAUCGGAAUUCCCAUUCCCGUCGAAUCGGCCCCGAAGAACCAAGUCUUUGUUGGCAAGCCUGGUAAAUCGUCUCGCUUUGCCGGACUCUUCAGCCCGCCACCGGAGAGUCCUUCGAAGGCUCCUGAGUCUCCUGCCCUUCCCAUGGCCUUCGCUGGAGCCCCCUCCUCCAACCCUGACCAGGAAGGCUUCCAGCGGAUCAUCGCGAUGCUGGGCGCUGGCGGCAGUGCUGGCGGCAGUCGAUCUACCAGUGGCACCCCUAACCAGGUUGAUUCGUCCCAUCGGCCACGACCCCAUUCGAUGGUGCAUGCCGAGCAGUCUCGGAAUAUUUCGUCUCCGGCCAGGGAUCUCUAUCCUCGGCAGGAUUAUGCAAGUCCUGUGCAUGAAAAUCCCCUUGUUCAGCUUACAGGCGGCAAAGAACCCCAACCCGGCGAGAGAGAGCAUUUGCUCCGUCUCAUGCAGCAAGUUCGUGUUGGAUCAGGCCCCUUGGGCAGCCCAGCCCAGCAGUCUCCGAAUACCGUGGGUCCUCCCCCUGGCCUGAUACCGGAAAUGAUGCCUCGUCCUCCUCCCGGCCCUCCUCCUGGGCUCGGCAUUCCUCAAAAGACCCCUAACUUUUUGGACGAUCCGGCCAUCGCCAAUAUGCAGCGUCCUGACAGCGAGCAGCUUCGCCGGCGGGCCCCCAAUGGGCCUCCCAUGGGAUACUUCGAUGAUGUUCCCUUUCCCCAAGGAGGCCAGGGACAUAUCACUCCUGGUGGUUCUCGCCACCCUCAAGGUCCUAAUCAGCCUCCUAUGCCACUCCAGAGACCCCCCGGCCUUGAACAUUUGCCUCCUCCUGGAUGGACCGGCCAGCCUCCGCCCCAGCAAGGCAAUGGACCGAGCCCAAUGGGCCACCCGCCUGGAAUCCCGACUCCUGGUCGUGGCAUGAACCCAGGAUUCCCACCAGGCAUGAUGCCCAUGCCUGGAAACCCCCUCCACUCAACGACCGACAGGCCUUCCCUCGUGGCCCUCCUCCUGGCAUGA